AUGAAGACUGCUACACUUUUCUCGGUGCUUAUCCCAAGUGUCCUUGGAAGCACGAUCUACUUCGCUGGUGAUUCUACCAUGGCGAAGGGCGGAGGUGGAACUAGCACAAAUGGAUGGGCUGAAUAUGUGUCAACGUUCACCACAUCGACAAUCUCCAACCAAGCAAUUGCAGGCCGCAGCGCACGUUCAUAUACCCGUGAGGGCCGGUUCACCACCAUUGCCAACGAAGUCAAAGCUGGCGACUGGGUAGUCAUCGAAUUCGGCCACAACGACGGCGGGUCCCUGACGCCAACAGACAAUGGACGUACCGACUGUUCCGGGACAGGGACUGAGACCUGCACUACGGUGUACGAUGGGGUGACUGAAACGGUUCUGACAUUCCCUGCGUACUUGGAGAAUGCAGCGAAGACGUUCAAGGCGCUUGGGGCAAAUGUGUUGAUCUCUAGUCAGACACCCAAUAACCCGUGGGAGACUGGGUCAUUUGUUUACUCACCAUCGCGGUUUGUGGCGUAUGCGGAGUUGGCAGCGGAGACGGCGGGGGUGGCGUAUGUUGAUCAUGGGGCUUAUGUUGCGAGUAUCUUUGAUACUCUUGGAGACGAUGUAGUUACUGAGUAUUAUCCUCUUGAUCAUACCCAUACUAGUCCUGCGGGUGCGUUGGUGGUUGCCGAGGCCUUUUUCAAGGCUGUUGUCUGCGGAGGCGUUGCGCUGAAGAGUGCUUUGAACACUACUUCUUUCCCAGGCAAUUGUCUGUAG